GGCAUUCAAAGCUCUGGGAAUCAGGGCGUUUACCGUCGAUUUCUUCAAGCAUUGUUACCGAUUUUUACAAUAAAUUUUCUCACCAUCGUGAACUUUCCUGACUAUCAUUAACUCCCUCGAGAACUCACGACCACAUCUAGAAUUGGCGAUAUCUCCAGGAAUCGAUUACGUACUUGAUCCAACUUUCCCUGGCGAUAUCUUCUCCUCAAUUCGUAACCAUAUUUCAGUCGCCGACUACCGAAUAUUAGACAUUUGCCAAUACAUGGCCAUUGUCGCCGCAUUCGCCGAUCUCUAACGAGCAUAUCGUGAUCCGAAUUCUCGCCAUGUAUCGUUCAAGCAUUGUGAAGCUUGGUCGCGUGACCAGCUUUGGCAUCGCAACAGCAACACGUGGUGCCACGAUUAGCCAAUUCACCAUGCGAACACCAUUUCGUGUCCGCUACCAUCGAACCAUUCUGGCGCACCCGUUCUCGACAAGCCAGCAUCGCGCAAUGUCUUCAUCACCCCCUGAGAUCAAACCGGCGUCUAUCACGACUGAAGAAUAUCACCACCUGGCAGACACGUACCUCGAUGCAGUACUUAACCAAUACGAGGAAAAGCAAGAUGAGGUUGGAGACAUUGAUGUCGAAUUCAGUUCCGGCGUUAUGACCGUCAAGAUUCCCGGCAGCGGUGUCUACAUAAUCAACAAACAGCCGCCCAACAAGCAAAUCUGGCUGUCUUCGCCAGUAUCCGGCCCGAAGCGAUUCGACUAUGUGAUCGUUAGCGAAGGUCAAGACCAGAAGCAGGACACUGGUAAAGGAGAGUGGAUUUAUAUACGAACGGGAGAGAAGUUAAGCGAUCUUCUCUUACAGGAGACCGGUGUCGCGAUGGAGGCGUAAAUGAUUUGGGCAGAAGGGUUGGAGUUAUUCUCCACUAAAUUUCCUCCAUGCUACAGUGAACAUGGCACACGAUGGCAUCUUAAAUCUCCCAGGUAUGUCACCCAUGCAAACCUAAGUACUAAAAUUACCCUGUCAUUGACCUGUCUUGCAAUCUAGGCCCAUUUUGGACGAACUGCUGUGAGUUACAGUGUGGGUAGGUGUA